UUCACAACAAGAAGAAGACGACCUUCUCUAUGUCACAAAAUGGCCGAUUUCGUUAGCGUGCUGUGAACGGAGUUGGGGUGUUCAAAGAAUAAACAACCCAUGCACGUUUAUUUCGAGGUCUGUUACAUUCGCGCGUAAGGUUUAUACAGCGGUCUGUUCAAACAUGCCUAGAUACGAGUUAUCCCUGAUCCUAAAAGCGAUGCAGAGACCAGAGACGGCUGCGACUUUGCGACGCACGAUCGAGACUUUGAUCGAGCGGGGCGCUGUGGUGCGCGGUCUGGAGAGCCUGGGCGAGAGAACGCUGCCCUACAAGAUCUCCAAGCACAACUUUCGGCACACGCGUGGAGGAUAUUUCCUUGUGGAUUUCCACGCCGCACCCAAAAUCUUCCCUGCGUUUUUGAAUCAUUUGGAACGCGAUGUGGACGUGGUGCGACAAACCGUUUUAAAGAAGGAGAUUCCGAUAACGCCGAGUAAUUGUUGCGGCCCCCCUCCCGCACAGACCAAGGAUAUCACAACCCAACCAGAAUGAAUCCACGACAGACCGACCAGUCAGACUGUCCUCUUCGAUGACUUUCUCUUUGUCGUGUGCUUUCUGUAAAUAUGUUCUGAAAAUAAACACCUUUUGUAAAUAUGA